GUCGAUGAUUCGUACGUAUAUAUCGGGUCAUCAAUAACAUAAAAGUUUACUGACUUUAGAGUGUCCCCAGAGACAUCUUGGUUCGUGGUAUUAGAUUGACUUCAUUUACUGUGAAACAUUUUAAAAGCAUGGAUCCUCAAGCUAUUUACGAACAGAAUAUGCAGCGGGAGUCUUGGUGUGCCGUGGAACGUAACAGCAGACAAGCAUGGCUCCGGGCAGAGAGAAAGCACGAUCAAGAGGCGUUCAAGAGCAAAGUCUUCGAAUCGGAAAAGAAGCAAGACAGUGAAUCCAGAUGUACGUUUACACCGGACAUGGCAACCCAUCGAGAAAGAAGACAUUUUCCUAAUAAAUCUUAUCAUAGCCACCUGCGUAUAUAGACGAGUUCUCGGCAUUACUGACUACGUAUGAAAGAUGGAACAAGAAUUUAUGAAGUUUGAAUUUUUUACAGCAAUUAAACUAUGCAAUAACUUUAACCUGAAAAGUUCAAACUGAAUUAAAUAUUACAAUUAUUUCGGAUUUUUUUUUUCAGUAUUAGUGGCGCUUAUUUUUACUCCACUGCCCGUGUUUGUUACAGACUAGCUGUCUUUGAAUCCGUCCAUGAAUUUUUAAUGAGGCUUUCAUUCUGCUUGAGUUGGUUUGAUGAAUUGACUUGAAGUGAAUAAAUUAUUUACCACUUGUAUAA